AUGGAAAAUACAAUAUUAUUGUUGGAUAUUGAAAAAACUAUAUUUGAUAUAGUUGAUGAUAAUGCAGAACAGGAACAUGAAAUGAUGAAAUGGUUAAUUACAAAGAUAGAUGAAUCUAUUUAUCAAAAUGAUAAAUGUCAAAUUAAAUUGUCAACUGGAAAGACAUUCACUUUAUCAAAGAAUGAUAGAAUAAUACAUCGACAACAAUCAGUGCUGUCAUGUAGUACUGAUAAUAUAUAUAUUCUGGUGAAUCAUAAACCAUCAGUAAUUACUAAUAAUAAUAAUAAUAACAAUAAUAAUAAUAAUAAUAACAAUAGUCAACAACAAUUGACAAAUGCACGUAGUAAUAAUAAUCUAGGUGCUCUCAUGAUGAGACAUCAAAAGAUUGAUGAUAGUCUAACACAAACAUCUUCAACAAGUCCUGGCGGGGACUUGAUCAUCAAUACAUUGGACAAGACAAUCGACCAUUUCAUCAAUCCAUCAUUCCUCCUUCAACAAGACAUAGUCGUCGAACAAGAUAAAUUCAAUUCAAAGUCAAUACUAAAUAUCAUAGAGACUAUUGACAAGAAGUUUAAUUUUCUCUAUCAACAAUGUAUUCACAUCUUACCUCCUCUUCAACAACAAAUAAAUCAACAACAAGUAAAUCAUCAACAACAAGUAAAUCAACAACAACAAGGUCGUCAACAACAACAAAAUACACUAAAACAUAGAUCAACAUCACCAAGUCAAUUACAUAGAAUCAUUGCAAGUACACUUGAUGAUUAUAAAGAUACCGUUCAAUUACUCGAAAAGGAAUGUAAUCACAUUGUAUCGAGACUUAAUCAUUUCAACAAUGAUACCAUUCAAUCUUUUAUUUUAAAUGAAGUUGAUAGAUUCAUUUCAACUAUAAAUAAUAAUACUAUAAGUGUUGAUAAUAUUUAUACAUUAUUUGAUCAAGGUAAACAUUAUAAUCAUUUUAAGAGGAUCAUAUCGAUAUUCUUUUGGGAACAUUCACCAUCUCCAUCAUCUUCAUCAUUGUCAUUAGUGUUAAAUGACAAUUCCAUUACAACCACUCCAACAUGUUUCAUUGUUGAUCAACAAUCAUCUACUACAUCAUCUCCUUGUCAAUUGUCACCUCCCUCUCCAAGACAUCAACAACAAAUAUUACCACCACCAUCAACACAAUCUCUACCACCUCUGGUUGUUGUUGAACAAUCACCACAUAGAAUCAAUGGAAUAGAUGAUAAACGUGGAAGUGUAGAAUGUCUAAGAGACUAUAUUGCUGCUGCAACUGAAUCAUCUCCAACCAGUACAUUGGAUGGAAGUACGACUCCAUCUGCAUAUGGCUAUCACCAUCACCAUCACCACCAUCACCAAAGAUCAUCCUAUUCAGUUGCAUCAUCUCCACCACCAUCCAUCUCUUCAUCAUUUAUUUAUCAAGAUCAAAAUACUCUCUACAUUGAUAUUGUUAAUCGUAUCAAAGAGUUGAUGACAUUCCUCAAACAACUUCCCAUUCCACUAUCCUCUUAUUAUUCUUCUUCUUCCUCUUCUUCCUCUUCUACUAGUCCAACUGGUUCUGGUAGCUGUGAACCAGUUGUACAACAAUCACCACCACCAUAUCAAUUUACUGAAAAAGUUGAAUCUAUAUUACAAGACUCAAAUGUUCAUGACAAGUGUAUAUCACUAUCACAUUUGUGUAGAGAGUAUACAUCUGGUAUGAAUAUUAAUGGUGGUGGGGAGAGUGCAAGAUGUGCAUCUGAAAUCAACGAGCUGUCAAGUGCCAUUUUAGGUGUGGUCAAGAGAAUUUUCAAAGGAGGAGAGAGAAACUAUAUUGAUAUGGUGUCUAGACUGUUGGAAUAUAUUACUUCAAUUGCUCGAUUACUCAUGGUAACUCCACCACCCCCAUUGUGUACUAGUCCUCCUCCUCCUUUUGCUGCUACAGGUGGCAGUGGAAGCAUGUCUAGUCCUAGAGCCACCUCUGCCAUUGAUUCACCGACCAUGUCUCGUAGAAAAGGUCCGUUUGCAAGUACCGGCAAUUUAAUAGCUAACCUUUCACCAAUUAAAUUAAUGCAACAUCAACAACAACAACAAACACAACAACAACAACAACAACAAAGUAUGACAAUGAGAGGAGGUCAUCUACCACUAAAGAAAAGACCAUUAUUACCUUCAAAUUAUAUUGUUUGUGAUUCACCUAUUAUCGAACACCAUGUUAUCAAUAGAAUAAGUACUGGUGAACAACUCAAUCAUACAAUGGAGUUAUUAAAUCAUCUAUCGUAUCCAGCAACUGCUGCUGACAACUGUAAUGCCGGUGGACAAAGUAUCAAUUCAUCCUCCUCAUCUUCUAUCACUCCAACUUCAUCGACUGCACCACAACCAAUCACUCUUCUACCACCUACACAAGAUAGAAGCGACUCGCUAAUUGAAAGUGGAGAUGAAACAUUUGCAGAUACUUCUGGAUUUUCUACAAGUGGAGAUCAAUCAUUUGCUACAACCUUUGAUGAAAUUGGAAAUAGUCUAUUAAACAAUUUGGAGAAUACAAGAUCGUGUAAUAAUGUCAAUCAUGCUCUCAAGCAGAUAAGACAAUUUUCAUCAAUGGAAAGUCUAAACAAUGUAGUUACCCGAUCACAUACCUUUUUCAAUGGUACCAUGUCAACUGGUAGUUUAAAUCUUCCAGAACUAUCCAUUCAACAAAAUGUCUUAUUGUUUUUACAAUCAUACCCUCAAAAAAUGGCAUCUCAAGUUGAUAAAUCAAUUUGGAUGGAACGUAAAGAAGAAGGUGCAAAUGUUAUCUAUGAAGAAAUUAAUGCUAUAAAAAGUAAUCAAACAACUAAUAAUAAUACUUUGACUUCAUCAAUUGGUACUAUUUAUAAUCAACAAAAUAAUAAUAUUAAUAGUAGUAAUAGUAGUAAUAGUAAUAAUAGUAAUAGUACACCAAAUAGUCCAACAAUCAAUAAUAAUAAUAGUAGUAAUAAUAAUAUUAAUAAUAAUACAAAAUUAAAUUUUGUAAAAACAUUUAUAUCAACAUAUCAAUCAUUUACAAGAGCAGAAUUAUUAUUGGAAAAAUUAAUAAUGAGAUAUUAUAUACCAAAUUUUGGAGAGUAUCCACCGUAUGCCUAUAGAAAUAGAAUCCAACUUCCCAUUCAAUUACGUGUAUUAAAUGUAUUAAAGAUGUGGGUAACUCACAAACCAAAGGAUUUCACAGCAGAUAUGAUUCAAACGAUGAAUCUGUUUGUCACGGCAACAAGAAAAAACGGUCAUGGAAAGAUUUCAGAUAUGAUACUCAAACGAUUCAACUUUCAAGAACCUCUACGUCUUGUAUUUCCACCACGUUCCAAUUCUGCGCAACAGACAAGACCAAAACCAAAGAUAUUUUGGAUGAAGUAUUCUACAGAGUAUGUCUUGUCACUCGACGUUGAUGAGAUGGCACAACAAAUAACCUUGUUGGAUUUCCAUAACUUCCAGUCGAUGCAAUCGGUCGAGUUGUUGGAUCAACAGUGGAGAAAGCAAGAUCUCAAAGACAAGAGUCCCAAUGUCGUCGAGAUGACCAAUCGAUUCAAUUCGCUCAGUGCUUUUAUUGCAUGGUCUAUUCUCAGAGAAGUCGACAUUAAAGUGCGUGUAAAGAUGAUGAUUAAAUUUAUCAAGCUCGCCAAAGCACUCUAUGCCAUGUCCAACUUUAACGGUUUGUUUGCUUGUUUCUCUGGAUUGGAUAGACAACCAGUACACAGACUAUCAAAAACCAAAGCAUUACUUCCUUCCAAAUAUUGUAAACGACUAGAGCAUUUACGUAGACUAUCUGACAACAAGAGAUCUUACAAAGCAUAUCGCGAUACUAUUCGCAAUUGUACUCCUCCACUUAUUCCCUAUUUAGGAAUUCAUCUUCAAGAUUUAACUUUUAGAGAAUUAAUAUUUGGUGUAAUACGUGAAAUUCAACAAUAUCAGCAACUAGGCUACAACUAUCCUCCAAAUAGCAAUGUACUUCAAUUCCUAUAUGAAAUGCCAUUCUUUGAUGAUCAACUCGACAAUCUACUAAAAAAUACAAAAUAUAGUACUCAUGAUCCUGAUGGACCAAUAUCACUUCCAAUCAUUGGUGGUUUAUACAAGAUCAAUCCAUUAUCACCUCAUUUAUCUUUAACAAACUUAUCCGAAAAAUAUGGAAAGGUUUUUAAAAUUUGGAUGGGUGAUAAUUUAACAAUAGUAAUAUCAGAUCCAAAAUUAUUUAAGAAAAUAUAUAACAAAUAUUUUGAUUAUUUUGAUAGAGCUGAUUUAAAAUCAAUUGGUUUUGUAACAAGAGGAAUCGAUGGACUUAUAUUUGGAAAUAAAAAACAAUGGAAACCAAUUAAAGAUUAUCUUACCAUUAAUUUUACGAGAUCAAAAUUAAAAUUAUUAAACUCUACCUUGGAAAUUCAAUCAAAUCAUUUAAUUGAAAAAUUAAAUGUUUUAUCAAAAAAUAAUCAACCCUUUGAACCAAGAUUAUUUAUAAAAAAAUAUACUAUAAAUGUUAUUUUAAAAUUAGCAUUUUCACAAGAAAUUGGGUAUGAUGAGGAUGUAAGCCAAGGAUUAAUGGCAAAGAUUAUUACACCAAUUGAUAAUCUUGUUGCCAAUUUAAUGUAUCGUCAAAUAUAUGAUAUGUUUCAUUGGCUUGGAUCAAUAUACUAUCCAUUACUUUUUAAAAAAUCAGUUUGGGAUGGUGACAAGAUUAGAAAAGAAAUUGAAGUAUUUUAUAAACAUCAUGUAGAGACAUUUGAUAGCGAAAAUAGUAGAGAUAUUAUGGAUGUUUUAAUAAUGGGUGGUUUCGAUGAAAAGGUAGUCAUUAAUGUUUGUUUUGAAUUAUUGGUAGCUGGAACUGAAACUUCAUCAUCUUUAUUGGAAUGGUGGAUGUUGUUAAUGGUGAAUCACCCAGACGUACAAGAAAAAGCUUAUAAUGAAAUUAAAAGUGUGAUUGGAAAUGGUGGAACCACUGCAAAUCUUGGUCAUAAAUCAUCAACUCCUUAUAUACAUGCUUUAAUCAAAGAAGUACUUAGAUUUAAACAAAUAACUCCACUUGGACCUUUCUUUAAAAAAGCAAAUGAUGAUAUUUUAAUUCAAGAUUAUUUUAUACCAAAAAAUGCAAUCAUUUUAGCAAAUAAUUAUGGAAUUCAUAGAAACCAAGAAUAUGAUAAUCCAAAUUCAUUUGACCCUGAUAGAUUCUUGAAACAAGAUUUAAAUCAUGAUUUAUUUGUUCCAUUUGGAUCAGGACCAAGUAUGUUUUAUACAAAGAAUUUUUGUUUUAAAAUAUUAAAAUCUAAUCCUGUUUAA